AUGGCGGCCACUCGCGGCGCCGCAAUCCGAGGGUCGACGGCGUCCGCUGACUGCGCCGCUGUACCGCGCGCGACCUACGCGGCUCUAAGAUUCGGCGAGCCGGGCUACCCGGCGGAAUACCGCGGCUCGUUUCGCGACAAUGUGACGGCGCUCGCUGCUGACGUCAUGCAACGCGAACCCGAGGGUGUCGAGGGCCAUCCGACGUGGAGCCUACUUCUUACCGUCACUCGCGCCGAAGCGUAUUCUCAGCCUCCGUUUACGCCUUUCGACGCGCUUUCGCACCCAGCUCCUUCGGCGGUUUCCGCGGAUCCGCUUUCUCCCUCCGCGCGCAGCCCGCCGCCUCCCCCCACCCCGCGCGGUCAAGCCCGCGAGAAUGUUAGCUCCGCGCCAGAACCCAGCGCGGGGAACUCCGCAGCGGGUGCGCUGUGCGCCACUGCGGCUCCCGCGGAGCAUUCAGCGCUUCUGGGGGCGGCGCAGCAGCAGGCGCAGCUUCAGGGGGCGGCGCAUCCGGCGCAGCAGGUGCUGCUGCCGCUGCUGCUCGUGGCGGAAGCGACUGAAGGGUCCGCCAAUCCGCACUGCGACUACUGCCGCAGCUCGGGUUGGUGCCACCACCCCAUCGCUGCGCACAAGUACCAUUUCAUCAUUCCAGCCAAGAACCCACACUCGCACCCACGCGCCGAGUCACAGGUGCUCGCAACCACAGCCAGUAACAUGAGUCCACGUGGCACGCGCAGCACCACCAGCACCAGCAACCACCACCCCUCGUCCCACCACAACCAGCACCAGCACCACCACACGAGCAUCACGGCUGCUGCUUGCCGCUCGCAGUCGCUCGCCGCCCCCACGCACCUCCUGCACGGGGUUUUCCACUCCAACGGCUUUGGCCACCUCGUGACGCUCAAUGGCCGGGCGGCAGGCUCGCACGUGCUGUCCGGGCGGCAGCUGAUGCAGCUGUGGGACAACAUCUGCACCAUGCUGCGCGCCAGGGAGGUGAGCGUAGAGGACCUAUCGCACAAGCUCUCCUUCUCCUCAGACUAUCGCCUCCUCCACACUCUCGCCUUCUCGCACUCCUGGUUCGCCCGCUGGGGCUACUCCUUUGCUCACGGCGCCUUUGGCAUCACGCAGCACCGCUACAGCCAGGCUGUAGAGCGUGUGGCCGGCACACGCCUGCUGCCGCUGCUGCAGCAGCUGCGGGGCAUCAACACGGGGAUUGCCUCCCGCGUAGCAGCAGUGGUUGCCAAGUAUCAGUCGCAUGUGGUUGGGAACAAGUGCGAGUCUGAGGACCAGUCUGAGGGUGAAAACCACAGGGCCAGUCUGUGCCCACACGUCUUGGAUGCUUCACACGAGGCUCACCAUGACCAUCCCCACCUACAUGCCGCUCAUGUUCCUCAUGGCCCGCACGGCCCGCAUACUGCCCCACCCAACCUCACCUUGCAGCACCUCUUCUCAUCCCUCCUCGCCCUGCGCUCCUCCCUCCCCCUCCCCCUGCACCACCAGCACCACCACUUCCCCCACCUCCUCCAACCCUCCUCUCUCCCCCUCCCCUUCACUCUCAGUACCCCUGCUCCUCCCACUGCUCCCUCUACUCCUGCUGCAGCAGCAGCGCCGCUAGCUGCUGUCCCCUCCCGCUCUCCCCUUCUCUCCUUCUCCGCUCGUCGCCUCCUCGCCCCCCCGCCGCCCCUCACCCUCCCGCCGCUCUUCCCGCCGCUGCAGCCAAUGACGACGCGCCAGCUGUCCGGGGAGCCCAGCCCUACCUCCGCGUCCUGCUUGUCCGACGAGCUGUCGCCACGUCAGCAGCAGCAGCGCCUGCUGCGUCAGCAGCAGCAGCAGGCUCUGCCGUCCCCGGUUCCACCAAUCAGCUACCAACAAAUGGACGUCCCUCCAUCUCCCAACGUUCCCACCCCCUCUGCAAUCACGCCCGAUACAAUCACUCCCAAUACUGCCACUCCCAGGAGCAAGCGAACCCUCUUGUUUCUUGACAGCCCUAUCAGCAGCGCUUUAGCAGCAGCACCACCAACACCAGCAGCAGCAGCACCAGCAUCGGCAGCAGCAGCAGCAGCAGCAGGGGACUAUCCCAGGCGCCUUCUCUGCAACGAGCCAAUCAUAAUCAGCCCGCUGCCCGCCGACUCGCCCUCGUGCCGCUGGUCCUCCAAGCGCCUCCACCUGGCGCAGCAGGUCAUAGUCGACGUGCUCUCCCUCCGCCCCGGCGCCUGGCUGCCUCGGCACGAGGUUCGGGAGGCGGCUCGGCAGAGGAUCGGCGACACGGGGUUGUUGGAUUUUGUGCUGAAGUCGCUGGGGAAUAGGUUGGUGGGGGAUGUGGUGGUGCGGAGAGCGAUUAAUCCGCUUAGCAAAGUGCUGGAGUUUAGCUUAGAGCCGCUGCAGCGGGAGGGCGGGGAGAGAGGUGGGGGAGGGAGAGGAGAGGGGAGGGAGGGGGCGGAGAGGGAGGGGGUGGUUGGGGAGGAGAAGAGAGGAGGGUUGGAGGUGCAGCAGGGAGAGGUGCCGAUGGGGGCAGUAUCGCCUCUUACUCUGGGCGGAGGUGUAGAGGCGGACGUGACUCGAGACGUGGAGUUCCUGUACAAGCACCUGCUCUUUACUGUCACAUCCGCUCACGGCCACUGCCACCCGCAUCAGAGGAUGCACCAGCAGCAGCGUCAGCAGCAGCACCGCCAGCAGCAGCAGCACCACCAGCAGGAGCAGGAGGAGCAACGGGAGACCAAGGCAGAUAUAACCUCUUCAGAAUUCUCACUCUCUGCUUUCUCUGAAGCCGUGCAAACCAUACUCGAUACAAAGCAGUUCUUUAAGGACUACAAGGGCGAGCUCACCAGGGAGCAAGCAGCACGAGCUGCGGCUGUGGCAGCAGGUGGAGAGGGGGGAGAGGAAAGGGAUGGCGUUGCUACAGAGAGUGAAGAGGAGGAUGGGACGAUUCGAGUGCUCUGCAGCAUCGAUGCACGGGACGCAGACACCGAUCGCAACUGGCUCAUACCGCUGCCCGAGCUCAUAACCCUGCCGCCCGAAGCAACCGUCGCUGAUCUCAAGGCUGCAGCCUGCCGAGCCUUCGCCCAGACCUACCCUGUGGCUCGGCACAUGCAGGUCACAGCUCUGCCCGUGGAACUCUCAGACCUGGACGACGACGACGUGCUCUUUGGCUCGCUCGACUCGGGCGCCUCUCUGCUGCUCGCCGUUUCCGGCCUUGAUGCGCACAGCGAGUGGCGCUACGAGGGCGGCAACGACACGUGGGCUGUGCGGUGCGUGUGCGGCGCACGGGACGACGACGGCGAGCGCAUGAUCGCAUGCGACGAGUGCGGUGUGUGGCAACACACGCGCUGCGCUGGGAUCGGCGAUGCUGCGCCUGCUCCCAUGAGCUUCCUGUGCUUGGGGUGCAGAGCGGUGGAGAGGGAUCGUUGCCGGGAGGUUAAGGUGGAUUGCGGCGAGAAGAAAGCAGCACGCAGAGUGGUGAAGAGUGAGCAGGUACGGUUGGAGGGAGUGAAGCAGGAAGAGCCGCUGCAGCAGCACAAGAGGCAGCAGCAGCAGCAGCAGCAGCAGCAGCAGCAGCAGCAGCAAAGGCUACGAGUGCAACCACCCAUGGACUUUUACCAGAACCGGCAGCAGCUGCAGCAGCAGCACCAGCACCAGCACCAGCAACAGAGAAAGCCUGAGCAUCAGGAUAAGACAACUCCAUGCAGCCCCAGCUACCCAGGUUCGGCAAGCAGGUUCGGCGGCCCGCACCUGUGCCUGCCCCCACUCCCUCUGCUGCGCAACCUAAGCCACGCUGGCAGCAUUACCAAGCAAAGCCAGGGCGGUGGGGAGUUGCUGAGGGUUGCAGCGAGCAAGGGCGUUUCUAAAACUCCCAUAUCCCCUCGUUUCGAAACCCCAGAAUCACCUGAUUCCGAGACCUUGCUAAGCCACGGGGGUAGUGGCAGCAGGCAGAGGCAGGGCAUUGGGGAGAAACGGCGAAGGGACAAGGAGAGGGAUGGUGGGUGCAGCGAAGAUUUUCUGGGGGCUUUAAGUGCUCUGAGGAGAGAGAGGAGGUUGGGGAGGGAGAAGAGGAUGAGGAGGGCUGGUCAGGAGGGGGGAGUGAGUCGGGAUGACUCGAUUUGA